AUGUCUGAAGCUUCUGCGGUUUUCCGCUACUUCUGGCUUUUCGGUCUCGUCAACAAUGUGUUGUACGUUGUUAUCUUGUCAGCAGCUGCCGAUAUUGUAGGUCCGGGCCUGCCAAAAGCCAUAGUUCUUUUAGUUGAUAUUCUGCCGUCUUUUGUGGUGAAACUCACAGCGCCAUUUUUCAUCCACAAGGUCCAACAUCGCUACCGAAUUGCAGCGCUCAUAGUGCUCAGCUGUGUGGGCAUGGUUCUCGUCGCUGGCCGAAAUCUCAGCGUUUGCAUCGCCGGUAUUGUCUUGGCAUCCUUGUCAUCUGGCCUAGGCGAAAUAACGUUUCUGCAAUUGACUCACUACCAUCACCAGCCCAGCUUAAAUGGCUGGAGUUCUGGGACGGGCGGCGCGGGUCUUUUUGGAAGUGGUGCGUAUUUGGUUCUCACUUCGAUUCUCAAAGUCCCAGUGAGCCUGUCACUCUUGUUGUUCAGCGUUUUACCCUUUGCAUUCCUACUGUACUUUAAGCUGGAUGCUCAAGAUUCCUAUAGUCUGCUACAAACUGAGUUUAUAGGUCCAGAAGAACACACCGAGGAUUUUUCGGUUUCAACCCCGGAGUUCGAGUCCAAAUGGGGUGCGAUGAGAGCUCAUUUUGGUAGCACCCUAAUGAGAUUGAAGGGCUUGUUUGCUCCUUAUAUGCUGCCACUUUCCACUGUUUACUUCUUUGAAUACAUGAUUAACCAAGGCGUUUCACCAACUCUGCUGUUCCCGCUGGAUGGGACGCACAGUCACCCGUUUUUCUUUCAUAAGUAUCGGGAUAUUUAUGUCACCUAUGGAACACUGUAUCAACUAGGAGUUUUCAUCUCACGAUCUAGUGGGAUGCUAAUUCGAAUCAAGAGACUCUAUCUUUUAUCCGUUAUGCAAGGCGUGAACUUGGCCUUAGCCAUAUGUCAGUCAUGGUUUUACACUGUCCAUUCAGUGUACCCAAUAAUGUUUUUAAUAUUUUUUGAAGGUCUCUUGGGAGGUGCAUCUUACGUCCACACCUUCAUGAAUAUUAUUCAUGAAAUUGAUCCAUCCGAAAGAGAAUUCUCUCUCGGAGCCGUUUCAAUGUCGGACUCUUUUGGCACGCUCCUGGCAGCUUUCGCCGGCAUCGCAUUAGAACCCAGACUUUGUUCGCAUCAAGUCAACUCUGGAAGGCCAUGGUGCUUGAAGGAUUAG